AUGUCUAGCGAGAAAAUUGUUAUAAUCGGUGCUGGAACCUUUGGUCUCUCAACUGCACUCCACCUCUUGAGGAACGGCCAAAAGAAUGUAACCUUGAUCGAUCCAUAUGCUGUACCAUCACCUCUUUCCGCAGGAAACGACGUCAAUAAGAUUUUACAGACUUCAUCAGAUUCAGACUUUUACGCAAAGUUAGGAAUGGAGGCUUUGAGUGCCUGGAGGUCGGAUCCGGUUUUCUCUCCGGCUCUACAUGAGACUGGAAUCAUCUACGCAGCACUCAAUGAGAAGGAACGAGCUAGUAUCGACCACAGGUAUGAAUAUUUGAAGAGAAGAGGCGACAAUGUGAAGCGAUUGAAUAAUCCACAGGAUUACGCAGCGGUCAUCAAUGGAACAUCUCCAGCGGGUGGACAGUACCAAGGUUGGUAUGGAUAUGUACAAGAGAAUAAUUGUGGAUGGACAUUCGCGAGGUUAGCCCUUGAAAAUUGCGCUCGCGAAUGUGUCAAAUUGGGUGCAAAUUUCGUUGUGGAUGCUGCAGAGGAAAUUAUAUACGAUUCAUCGGGGAGAUGUUGCGGUGUUAGAACUUAUAGUGGAACAAUAUUUCCAGCAGAUAAGACCGUUAUUUGUGCUGGAGCAUGUUCACAUAAACUUUUGAACUUCGGAAAUCAACUUCUCGCCAAGUGCUGGACAGUUGGCCACAUCAAGUUGUCAGAAGAAGAAGCACGGGCUCUCAAAAACAUGCCUGUAGUGUUGAAUCUUGAUUUCGGAUUUAUAUUUGAGCCUGACGAGAACAAUGAGUUAAAAUUUUGCAACGAGUUCCCUGGCUACACGAACUUUGUGGGAAAGGACUCUGUGCCGUUAUUCAAAGAUGCUAUCCCCGAAGAGGCUGAGAAGCAAAUGAGAGCAUUUCUUAGACAGGUGUUUCCCCAAUUCGCUGAGAGAGACUUUUGUGUGGCUAAAAUAUGCUGGUGCACAGACACUCCAGACCGUCACUUUUUGUUUUCGAAACAUCCUGAACACGCCGGGUUGAUUUUGGGUACUGGAGAUUCUGGUCAGGGUUUUAAGUACAUGCCAAUUGUUGGUAAGUACAUUGCAGAAAUCAUUAUGAACGGCGCUAUCAAUCUUGACGAAGAGAAACAGAAGUUCUGGCGUUGGCGGCCAGAAUCUGGAAAAGAAAGAGAUUUGAAGAGCUUGCAAGGGCGCAGUGGAGGUAACUACAAGAUCAAGGAUUUAAGUGAAAUAUCCACAUGGGUUACUGGAAGUGAUAUCAGUCUUGAAGAGCUCCAUCUUUAA